AUGGCUAACUCUCGGUCUGUCGUUCUUCUCAUCUCGGGCGGCUGGCAUACACCCCAAAGCUACGCCAAGCUCACCGAGGCUCUUUCUGCGUCUGGCUUCGUGGUCCACAUUCCUGCGCUGGGGUCAAUAAGUGACGAGCGGCCACCCAGUUCCGACCUGGAAGCCGAUUCUGCUCUGAUCCGCCCAUAUGCACAAGGUCUGGCUGAAGCUGGCAAAGAGAUGCUGGUCCUGAUACAUUCCUAUGGUGGCCAAGUGGGAACCAACGCGCUCGCUGGGCUCGGGGCCUCAGAAAGAUCCCAAAAAGGGCUACCAGGUGGCGUGUCACACCUUAUAUACAUGACUGAAACGGCACUCCCCGAAAGCAAGAGCAUGGUCGACCCUGUGCGCGAUUUUGGACACGAAGAGCUUUUGCCCUGGCUUUCGACUUCGCGGAUGACAAGUCAUGUGUCCACCGUGACCCGAAGCUGCUGUCGAUUGGUGCUGAUGAAAGUGUCUCCGAAGAAGAGAAGGUUGCUUAUGUGGCUACAUUGGGACGGUAGAACGGUACCUGCAUGUAUCAGCCACUUACAACCGCGCGUACGGCGUGGCGCGAUGGGCCAGUGA